UCCGCAAAUGGACAAAUAAACUCGUUUUUAAACUUAUGCAACGGUGGGAAAGUGUCUCCCGUGGACAGGGCUCAAAAUGUCCGGCGGAAGCGGCUGCUGCUUGGCUCUGUUGCUCGUCUGGAGCCUGUGUGUGAGCGCACGCUGCAGGUUUCCUUCUCUGGACCACAUCAGACCGAGAGCCAGCGACCGAGCGCAGGGCAGAGCGGUGACCGAGCUGCUGCGGCGGCUGCUGGGGAACAGAUCGGCCGAGUUCAUCGUGUCGGUCAACGGGAGCCUCUCCAACGACAGCCUGGACGUGUGCGAGCUCAGGUCCACCAAAAACAACAAGGUCGUCGCCACAGGCAGCACCGGGGUGGCCGUGGCCUCCGGGAUUUAUAAUUAUUUGAAGUAUUUUUGCAACUGCCACGUUUCCUGGUCCGGGAAUCAGCUGGAUCUGCCCAGACCUUUGCCAAAGCUCACCGGCGUCCUGCGCAUCAGCACCCCGCACAGAUUCCGGUACUAUCAGAACGUCUGCACCUUUAGUUAUUCCUCCGUGUGGUGGGACUGGCCGAGAUGGGAGAGAGAGAUCGAUUGGAUGGCACUGAAUGGAAUCAAUCUGCCGCUGGCGUUCACUGGCCAAGAAGCCCUGUGGCAGGAGGUUUACCGUGCUCUCGGGUUAAACCAGUCCGAGAUAGAGGAGUUCUUCUCCGGUCCGGCGUUCCUUGCCUGGAACCGUAUGGCAAACUUGUUCAAGUUUGGUGGACCUCUGCCGCAGUCCUGGCACGUGUACCAGCUCUACCUUCAAUUUAAGAUUUUAGAGCGGAUGAGAUCCUUUGGCAUGAUCCCUGUGCUGCCGGCCUUCUCUGGAAACAUUCCCAAGGGAAUCCUCAGGCUGUAUCCAGAGGCCAGAGUAACCAGACUGGGGCCAUGGUCUCAUUUCAACUGCAGCUACUCAUGUUCGCUUGUCUUGGACCCACAAGACCCCCUUUUCCACCACAUUGGUUCCCUGUAUCUGUCCCAAGUGCUGAAGCAAUUUGGGACGGAUCACAUUUACAGCACUGACACCUUCAAUGAAAUGACUCCACCCUCCUCUGACCCCGCCUACCUGUCUGCAGUCAGUCGCUCAGUCUUUGCCUCGAUGACAGCAGUUGAUCCCCGGGCAGUCUGGCUGAUGCAAGGUUGGCUGUUCUUCAGCGAUGCAGCGUUCUGGAAACCAGCCCAGAUUCAGGCCCUACUACACGGAGUGCCGCUUGGACGGAUGAUUGUGCUGGACCUGUUUGCAGAGACCGAGCCAAUCUUCUCCUACACAGAGUCUUUCUAUGGGCAGCCCUUCAUUUGGUGUAUGUUGCAGAACUUUGGGGGCAACAGUGGGCUGUUUGGUACGGUUGAGAGCAUCAAUUCAGGCCCUUUUAAAGCCUUGCAUUUCCCAAACUCCACCUUAGUAGGCAUAGGCAUGACACCAGAAGGCAUCGAGCAGAAUCCCGUGACGUAUGAACUGAUGAGUGAGCUGGCUUGGCGCAAGGAGCCAGUCAACUUGGCCAAGUGGGUGUCGCUCUAUGCCAUACGUCGCUAUGGCAAUACACAAGAGAGCCUGACUGCUGCAUGGAGGCUCUUAUUUGCCAGCAUUUACAACUGCAGCGACCCACACUACCGAAACCACAACCACAGCCCACUGGUCCGCAGACCAUCCUUUCACAUGAACACUGGGCUUUGGUAUGACCCC